UAAAUAAGGUUGUUAAAAGUUUGCAAGACGGUUUUCAUGACCAAAACUUGCAAUUUAAACGUUUCCCAACACUAGACUGAAAAGCCGAAGCAAGCAAGAAAAGAAGGCGGCGAAAACGCAAUUCAUCGUAACCUAUCAAAAUCGAACGAAGGAAGUCAGUCUUCGAGAUAAUUCCAGUCGAGCUAGUCGAUCAGAUCCUAAUAUUUUUCGGAAGGUAAUUAACUUUUACAUUAGGAUCAUGGACGUGCAGAAACCUAAGGACCUGGAAGUCGAGACCGCAGCUGUGGCCGAGGAGAAAGACAAGUGUGAGAAGCAGAAGCCGGAGGAGAACUCGAGGAGAAGGCAGGAGCAGGAGAUCGAAAAUAAUGAGAAGGACGAACAGCCGUCUGACAAAAGUGAUUCAUCCUCAAUAUCUUCGGUAACCAGCUCUAGCUCUGAAGAGAAGGAGGUCGAACCGAAGAAGGACGAUCUGGAUUCUGACGAAAGUGAUGAGGAGCUCUUGUAUUCACCCUCAAUACCUUCUUUCGCCAGCUCAAGCUCUGAAGAUAGCCCCCAGGACCAAUCACGUGAACGUCCUGGCUGCUCGCGUGGCCAGUUGGGAAACGUGUCGGACAGGAAGCGCAGGGUCUCUAGCUCUAGUUCUUCAUCUGGGGAUGAGAAUAAAAGGAUGAAAUCCAAUUGGAACUGGUCGAGUUCAAGCUCGAGUUCAAGCUCGAGUUCGGAAAGCGAAGUGGAGAUGGACCAAGUUCAUCCUAAUUCUGGCCACCGCUGUGGCUAUCGUCGUUUCUCUACGGGAACGAUUUUCAAGAAGGUGAUCCCGCGAGAGAGAUACAAGUCCUGGGACUUGUAAAAAAAAAGGCGACACGCAAAGCUGCUGAAAUGGCCAUAAGCAUCGAAAACAUAAAAAGCAAGAAGACAGCUCUACAUCCAUUUCAUACUAAUUCAUUCAUAUUCAUUCAUUCAUAUGCUGCACACUAUUUUUACACUUUUUAACACUGUUUCACACUAAUCUCA